UACUCCAAGCCCAGCGCUUUACAGAUUAUUUUAUUUCGUGUAGAGAGCACACAGCGACUCCGAAGAUCAGCCCCAAUGAACAUGUCAGUGUUGACUUUACAAGAAUAUGAAUUCGAAAAGCAGUUCAACGAGAAUGAAGCCAUCCAAUGGAUGCAGGAAAACUGGAAGAAAUCUUUCUUGUUCUCUGCUCUGUAUGCUGCCUUUAUCUUUGGCGGUCGGCACCUAAUGAACAAACGGGCGAAGUUUGAGCUGAGGAAGCCAUUAGUGCUCUGGUCUCUCACCCUCGCAGUCUUCAGUAUAUUCGGUGCUCUUCGAACUGGUGCUUAUAUGGUGUACAUUUUGAUGACCAAAGGCCUGAAGCAGUCAGUUUGUGACCAGAGUUUUUACAAUGGACCUGUCAGCAAAUUCUGGGCUUAUGCAUUUGUGCUAAGCAAAGCACCUGAACUGGGAGAUACAAUAUUCAUCAUUCUGAGGAAGCAGAAGCUGAUCUUCCUGCACUGGUACCACCACAUCACUGUGCUCCUGUACUCUUGGUACUCCUACAAGGACAUGGUUGCCGGGGGUGGUUGGUUCAUGACCAUGAACUACAGCGUGCACGCCGUGAUGUACUCUUACUAUGCCUUGCGAGCGGCGGGUUUCCGAGUCUCCCGGAAGUUUGCCAUGUUCAUCACCUUGUCCCAGAUCACUCAGAUGCUGAUGGGCUGUGUCAUUAACUACCUGGUCUUCUACUGGAUGCAGCAUGACCAGUGUUACUCUCACUUUCAGAACAUCUUCUGGUCCUCACUCAUGUACCUCAGCUACCUUGUGCUCUUCUGCCACUUCUUCUUUGAGGCCUACAUCGGCAAGAUGAGAAAAAUCACAAAGGCAGAAUAGUGUGGGAACUGAGGAGGAAGCCAUAGCUCAGGGUCAUCAAGAAAAAUAAUAGACAAAAGAAAAUGGCACAAGGAAUCACACAUGGUGCAGCUACAACAAAACACAUGAGCAAACACAAAACCCAAGGCAGCUUAGGGAUAAUUAGGCUGAUGUACCCCAGUAAGUUUAUGAUCCAUUUUGGGUGAGGACUCACUGAGUGCACCUCUAUCUCAAAGGACCGCUGCUAGGAGACCCCAUUUCCUCUUUACCUGUCAACUUUAGGGCAAAGGAGAGCAAAAGUGCGCCAGAGGCAGAGAGAAGUAGCAGGCAAACAAAGGCUGUUAUACACUGUAUGGAACGUAUUUACAAAGGGAUGUAUUUCUCAAAGGAUGAAAGAAGUUUACUUUAGAAAACUGUGCGAGCACAUGCACACACAAUCCUUUCUCAUCGUUUUGACACUAAACUGGAGCCAAUAGAAUAAAUAAAAACGGAAGAGACACAGGGUGUAUACUAGAACAUUCAUGCUUUUGUGAAAAUUAAAGCCUCUUUAAGAAAGGUUAGUAGCUGUAGCCCCCAUGAGAAAAUAUAUCUUAAUCACCUCUGAUGAAAACGGAUGUAGACAAGUAUAUUUCAACUGGUGUGUUUCCCUUAACAGCACAGCCUCGGGCUAGUGAGUUUACCGAGUCGACAUUUUCCCCAGGUUCCUCCUGGGAGGUUGGACCCAAUGCAGCUCAGUGCCGAAAGGAGCCGCUCCCUCUCAGAGCAUUUCUGAUCGUUUUAGCAGUAAUUUCCACUCUUAAAUGAGAUAGGAAGCAUUAUCCUUGGUUUAGGUGUCCCUAGCUUUUUUAAAAGAAGAGUAAAUAUGGGAUAGAAAAGAUCAAAGCCAACCAAAAGAUUUGCAAAUGGCUUCUGUACUACGAGUAAAAGGAUGCAACUGUCCUUCAGCUGGGAAAGGGAAAGGAACGGGAGAAGGGAGCCGACGAUGCAUUUCUCUCCCUGUUUGACUUCACCCAUACUCAUAACUCCCCACGUGAAACCUUGUGGCACAGCCCAUAUUUUCUAUAUUUUUGUGAAUUUCAAAAAGAAAUCUGCAGGGCUCUUCCUGAUAUUGUGUGAACACUGUGUUUCUGCAUCAUCUGCAUUUGCUCCCUAUGCAAUGUAGAGGUGUGUAAAGUGCCCUCUGCUGGUCAAGUGGAGAUACUUCAACAAACACUUCAUGGGAAGUUGGGCUGGAACAGUUGACAACAAAGGGCCCCCUAUAGACUUAUCCUUCAAAUUUUAAAUGAUACAACAUACACGUCAUAUUUUUGGCCAAAUCAGAAGACAUUCUUCCUGCUUUAAGUCCGCUUCAGAAUUUUUUUUAAGGGACUUUCGCUCUGGAACUCAGAAAAUCAAUUUAUUAAGAGCCAUAUUCUUAAAAGAAAAAAAGCUAGUUAAUAUAUUAUUGGUAAUAUUUCAGUCCUCUACAAGCCAAAUAAAUGUGUAAACAUUCCUAGUAUUUCAAAGAAGCAAUUAUGUAAGUUGUUCAAUGUGAUAUAAUAGUAUUCUAAUUGGUUAAGUAGCUUAAUGAUUAGACAAACUAGUUGAAAAAAUUAGGGGCUGCUACACUGCAUAGAUUAUACACGUUUAGCCACACAUGUAUGCACACAGAUGUGGAGUACACUGAACUUCAAAGCCCAAAUGAAUAGACACACAUUUUCUGGCUAGCAGAAAAGAAACUGUUGUUUAUCUUUCUUGCUUUGAGAGUAUACAGUCAAAGGAAUUUUUUCCAAUUAUUUUUAUAUUAUUUUAGCUUUAAUUGUGCUGUCAUUCAUGAAACAGAGCUGCUCUGCUUCUCUGUCAGAGAUGACAAGGGCUUUCUUAGCAUCUCGUUUAUGUGUGGAAUUUAAAAGAAUAAAGUUGUAUUCCAUUCUGUGUGAAUGGUUUGAACAAUGAACAAAAGAAUCCAUGCAAAACAAGUCACAACCGAUAGACCGAAGUUGAAGCAGUGUGUAUGCAGGGAGGGAAGCUGUUACAUCUGUGUUAAAUUAUCAUGAACAGUCUACGGUGUCUUGAUCUUGGUUCAUGGUGAGAAACAAUUGAUGGAGGAAUGUAUUACUACUAGGGCAAAAGCUGACAUGAGCUGAAAAAAUAGGUCCUGUCGUAACAACUAAUAGAUCUUUAUGAUGCAAAUAAUGUUGUUUUGAGCUUUGAAAAUACAUGGUAUUGUGCAAGAAGCUUUUUUCCUUAUAACUGAAAAUAACCAGAAUAAUGAAAAUGAGGAACCUGUCAAAUAACAGCUGACUUGAGUUUAAUUGAAGGACCAGUUAGAGCUCAUCUGGUUGAUUUAAUUACUUGAUCCAUUGAUUUCUCAUUGAUCCUUUAAUGCAGGUUAGAAUAAGGAAGUGAGUAUAGACUAAGUGACUUCCAAGUACUUUCAUUUUGAUGCAGGUUCACGCUUGUGUCCACUUGUGAGAAAAUUUAGAAUUUUUGUUUACAGGUUGAAUAGCUAAUAGUUUUCCAAUUAGCUAAAUAUUUCUAAAAGCUUUUCUGAUGUCUAUCAUGGGAGGAGAAAAAACGCACAUUAAAAUAAAAUUCUGGUAUUACAGGUUCAGUACAAUGUUUUCAACAUCUCAGCUUGACUGCUUACCUAUAUCAAGUUAGGAGUCUGGACCAGUAGCCAUGGCAAAUCUGAAGCCUACCAGAGAACUGACUGCCACAUAGAUAACCCUGCUGCCAGUUAACAUUCCAGAAAAACUUGGGCAGGCAAGUUUUUGCAGCUGCCUCACUAUGCCGCAGUCGAUUCUCUUUCUAUUGAAGAUUUUCACUGCAUUCUAAUGUACAGUAUGGUGAAAACAUUCCUGCAUUGAAAAAAAAAUUCUUCAUUUCAUAUAUGAGUACAUGCAAUUUGAUACACUAGAUCUGAGCAUCAACCCAAGCCAAUGAGUUUGCAAUGAAAAAAAUUUCUGGUGAGAAAUGCUCUAUUCACAGAGCAGGUUUUUAUCUGGACCUUCUAGCUUUACUAGUGAGAAAAGCAACUACUAUACUAUUCCUAUCCAGUGCCAGGCCUAAGUACCAAAUGAGUCAUAUAGAGAGGUUAUUAUUCCAGGUAAUUUACUCUCAUCCUUCAAUCACACUCCCAUCACAAAAAUUAAGGGAGGGACAAUACAUAGCCACAUAUUGUUGAAGAGGGUGGGGGGAUUGAUCACAUCUCCGUCACUUCACCUCUGCUAAUGUAGCUCUGGGCUUCAUUUGAGUGGGUUUUUGCAGAAUUCAACGGAAGAACGCUGCUAGGAAAGAGACCCACAGAAUUAAAAAUCAGAUGUGGUAACUUCAUGAUGAGAUAAAGCCUGCCACAGCAGAGUAACAAAUCACCUGAAGUCAAUUACACUGGAGUAGAAUAUCCCGGGAGUCUGGCCUCAUUCCCAGACUGCCGAAUUACCUGGGAGAGACAACUAGGCUGUCUCGGGUUACUAUCGCUUCUGAUAGAACCGCCUCUCCGCAGCGACUAGAUGUGUCACAACUGAGUCAGCUCCCACACAGCCGGGCUUUCUUCCAGCUUGGCUAAUGAUUCUUGAACACAGUUGUUGGAUUGGCCACACGCUGAUUCCAAAGAGAGUUGUUAGGAGAGGGGAGAAGAUCAAAUAGACUUUGCCUCCCAGAGUUCAAUGCUUCAAGUUGUAUGUGCAUGGUCCAUGUCUCUCUUUUAGACGCUAUUUCCCUGAAAAAAUUUCCACCUGGAAAAGAAGUGUUUGAGAAUUUCAUGAUGAAAGCCCAGAAAUUCCGGGUAGUCCAUUCUCUGUUUUCAAGAAGGAAUAUUUUGUUAUCCGUUUGGGAUGAUAGUGGAGCCUGAGUUCCAGUUGUGAGUCAUCAUCUCCUGUAACUUUUUUAAGUUGUUUUGUCCCUUUUUUAUUUAUAUACAAGACCUGUUUCUUUGUGCCUCAGACCCAUUAUCAUCCAGAAGAGAUUUUGCUAAAGUGAGAGCUGAAAUAGCAUCAAUACGCGUGUGCCGACAAUCGGUAGGAAGUGCUAGGUCCCAGUUUGCCAGUGAACCACAGCCUCUGUGUGCUGGUACCCGAUACGUAAGCCAAAUGCCAGUUGUGAUGCUCCUGAUUAUAAACAUCCUCCAGCCAAUGUGAGAACCCACAGUUAAAGGGGCCAGUGAGGUAUGCCUGUGCAGAGUAUGGGAGACUCACAAGCCCAUUGAAUCAAGUUACUCUCCUCAUCCUCAGACGCUGAAAAUGUAGGACUCACAGAACGGGGGAAAAUAAUCCCCAGGCUUCCCUUAAUCCCAAAUUAAACUUUAAAAAAAAAAAAAAAGUGGAACAAGUUCUAGCGCUAAGGAGACAGACAGUGAAAGCACGCCGCGUGUGGGCUCUGGGCAGGCAGAAGUCGUGCAGCCAGAUACACUUCACUGCGGAGCCAAACCCCAGACUACAUUGUAGAGAACUUGAAAGCAUCUGGUUCACUGGAAAGGACGCCCCAUCAGUCAGGGCCAAGCCAUAUCUGCAGCCCCUGUAGGUCAGCAUUGGGGGUCCUGACUCCUGCUGGUUUUUAAACACUGUUCUUUUCCCAGCGCUUGGCGGCACUUGAGACUACUUUCCCCAGUGGACAGGAAUCCAGAACGCUCCGGUGGCACUGCCCAGGCACGCCGGCGUCAGAUAGGCCCGCCUGCCGGCAGGUUCAGGCAGGAGGCUGCUUGAAAGCCACUGGAAGAGCCGGCCUCUUGGGGCCCCGGGGCCUGUGUUCAGAGGGAAGCCCAUCCAUCUGAGCCUCACAGAGCCAAUCACAGCAAUGUUGGAACUGUUAUUUUCAAGUGCUUACUUCAUGACAUUAAAAGAAAUAUUUUUUUCUGAUAUAUUAAAUUAAAAAUAAAAUCAUUACUUUUGAUUUAAA